UGUUCCUACUCUCACGUAUGCUGCUUUUCAGCUUUGUAGGUUUUCUUUUCUUUCUAUAAUCUCACCUCCCAAUAUCCAUCCCAAGCACUCGCUCAACCCCGCAUUCUCGGGAAGAUCACCAGCUCGACCCCUCACAAGCACACGAAACACGAACACAAACAAAGAAAGAAAAGAGAAAAGUACACCCACGACAAUGCCAACCCCAAUCAUCGACUCCCACAUCCACCUCUUCCCAGCAUCCCAUCUCCCCACGCUGGCCUGGUAUACACCCUCCAGCCCACUAGGAUCCCAGCACUCCGUCGACGAAUACCGCCUCGCAACCACCUCCAUUCCCACAUCCCCCGAAACAACAACAGACUCACACUACCUACGGGGCUUCAUCUUCCUCGAAACCGACCGAAUCUCCUCAAUUGAAGAAUCAGAUCCAACCCGUGGCUGGUCCCACGCCCUCGACGAAGUCUCCUUCCUCACCCGGAUCAUUACCGGAGACCCCGUCCCCGGGGAAGGACACAAAGAUGUAGAUCGCCACCUCUGUCUAGGUAUGGUACCCUGGGCGCCUGUUCCCGGGGGUCCUGCUGCGCUGGAGAAGUACAUUUCUCUAGUGAGAGAAAGGACUUGCACGGAGGAAGUAUUCAGAAAAGUCCGCGGAGUGCGGUACCUCGUUCAGGAUAAGCCGAGCGGAGUCAUGUUGCAGCCCGAGUUCAUUGAUGGGUUGAGGUGGCUAGGACGGCAGCAGUUGGCGUUUGAUCUGGGGGUGGAUGCUCGUCAAGGUGGCAUUUGGCAGUUGAGGGAGGCGGCGGAGAUGAUGAAUACGGUUUAUCGGGGGGUUGGGGAGAAGAAGGAUAGGGUUAGAAUCGUUAUUAACCACUUGUGCAAGCCAAACCUUCGUCUGCCGUACACAUCGCCCGACUCGAUAGCUACGCAUCCUGAUUUCCUGGAGUGGAGCUCCCUGAUCACAGCCAUGGCACAGCAUCCGACAGCGUAUAUGAAGCUUUCCGGUGGAUUCUCGGAGCUUCCCCCGCUGACGGCGGAAUCGGAGCCGGAUAUUGCUUCCCUAGUCGACCAGGUCCAGCUGUGGAUGGACGUGGUCUUUGAUGCAUUUGGGCCGGAGAGAGUCAUGUUUGGGUCUGACUGGCCGGUGUGUAAUGUGGGUGGAGGCGGCAGUGCAGUCGCCUGGAGACGGUGGAGGAGUGUGGUGGAGGGCAUCUUGGAGAAGAGGGGCUUGUCACAGGAGCAGAAGGAGGGUGUAUGGGGAGGAGUUGCAGUCAAAGCAUAUGCGAUUGAAAUCUAGAUAGUAGUACUUAAUUCGAUUCAUAUGCUAGAAGUAUGUAUGUACACCGAUCGCCAUAACCAAGUAUGUCCACAUCAGAGAGAUCAUCACAAUAAUAUCGUUUCAUUUACUGAAGAUUCACGAAAAGUCCCCCAUCCACAAGUAUCUGCGCUCCAGUCUAUUGAUUCACAUUAGCAGCCUCUUCCAG